AUGCCUGCCACCAUCAUCCUGGGCUCCCAAUGGGGAGACGAGGGCAAAGGGAAGCUUACCGACAUCCUCGGUACCCCCAAGACGCCUGGAUCUGGACCCAAGCUAGUUGCUCGCGCGGCAGGAGGACAUUUGCCAAUGGCGUAUCCUACGACUUCCACCUCCUACCUGUACGUUCUUCGCAACUCCAUCCCCACCCGGUUCCCGGCGUCAGGCCUCGUCAACCCGUCUUGUGUGAACCUGAUAGGUUCUGGAGUCGUCUUCCACGUCCCGAGUUUCUGGAAAGAGCUCGACGCAUUGGAGGCCAAGGGCUUAUCCGGGGUUCGAGAGCGCAUUCUUGUGUCGGAUCGGUGCCAAGUAAAUCUGGAUCUCCAUGCCGCCGUCGACGGACUCGAAGAGGUUGAGCUUGGCGAACGAAAGAUUGGCACAACUGGAAGAGGCAUAGGACCAUCAUACUCGACCAAAGCUGCGAGAAGUGGUAUCCGAAUCCACGAAGUCUUUGACCAGGAAAACUUCGAGCGAAAGCUUCGCCAGAUGGCGUCGGGGUACAAGAAGAGGUUUGGAGAUCUCCUCAAAUACGAUGUCGAGAAUGAGAUAAACAGAUUCCGAGAAUAUCGCCCAAAGCUCGCCGAAUAUGUCGUUGACGCUGUACACUACAUGAAGAAUGCCCAGGACCGGGACUGGAAGAUCCUGAUCGAGGGUGCGAAUGCUUUGAUGCUCGACAUCGACUACGGCACCUACCCGUAUGUCACCAGCAGCAACACGGGAUUGGGUGGCAUCUUCACCGGUCUCGCUCUGCACCCAAAGAAGAUUGAGCAGAUCAUCGGUGUCGCAAAGGCUUAUACUACAAGAGUCGGUGGUGGACCGUUCAAGACCGAAGACCUCGGCGAGGACGGCACGAAGCUGCAGGAAAUUGGCCGUGAAUGGGGUGUGUCCACAGGUCGUAAACGUCGAUGUGGCUGGCUCGACCUCGUCGUUCUCCAGUACUCCAACUCCAUCAACCAGUACACCUGCUGGAACUUGACCAAGCUCGACUGCCUGGAUACCUUCAAGACGAUCAAGGUUGCCACCGCUUAUAAGCACCCCAAAUCUGGUGAAGAGAUUGGCUUCCCUGCGGAUCUUGUCCUGCUCGAGCGUUGUGAGGUUGUGUACCAAGAACUGGAAGGUUGGCAGCAGCCGACAACGCACACCAAGACCUUUGAGGGGCUUCCGCAACGAGCACGCGAGUAUGUCGAGCUCAUUGAGAAACACACUGGAGUCCCUGUCGCUUUCAUAGGAACGGGUCCUGACCGAGAGGAUAUGAUUACUCGUCCUCUGCCUGCCGCUUGA